GAUAUUUUCCCCCUACUGCAACCUUUCAGCUAUUUUUCAACCCCAAGGUCCAGUCACAAGACCUUAGCAGCCACAAUGUCUUCUACUUCCGCCCCAAUUGUGAAAUCUGCAGAUAUGGAACAAGAGCAACAAACAGAAGCUCUUGAAAUAGCUUCUACUCUUUAUGCUGAACUCAAAAGUAAACAAUCAGAGCUAGCGUCAGCGCUUAAGGGCAAACUAGAUGAAACUUUCGGUGGUCCUUGGCAUGUUGUUGUGGGUAAGAGCUUUUCUUCUAGUGUUUCACAUGAAAAGAAUGGCUUUAUCUACUUCUACAUCGAGAAUCUCGCCUUUCUUUGCUUUAGAACUGCUUGAAGGACCGUUCUACUUUGAUUUCGCUCACAUAACCACGAGCCCAUAACUUUAAAUAUACAGAUAUAUAAUACCUACCUAUCUGAAUUGUAACUAACUAACUUUCUACC